CACAUUUAUGGAAUUUUUUAUUAAUUCAGUGUAUACAGAGGUUUAUGUUUGGAAGCUCUUUUGCCCAUACAGACGAGCCGCGGCUGCUCUAUCCCACAAUUCAUUGCGCGCCGGUGACGACAGGAUUUUUAUUCAAAGAAAAUGGCGGGUGAGAGUUCUGUGGCGGCCGACGAAUUCACACAUAAAUGGAGCAAGGAGCAGACAGCUCAAUUUAUUAAAAUGAGGGCGGAAAAUGACCAUUUAUUUACCGAUGUGAAAUACUCGGCCAGUGUGCCUUGGAGGAUGGAUGACCUUCAUGACUUUUUGAAGUCAAGAAACGUCAAUGAUGACAUCAUACAGAAAAUGCAACAGGAUAAGAUUGAUUGCAGUGUCAUACAACUUAUGACAGAUGACCAGUUGAAGGAGUACCUGCCUUCCUAUGGUGACCGACUGGCUAUAUGCGGAUACUGCAGUCGAAAAGAACAAGAUCCCAGUGGCCGAAAAUCAAAAUUUUUUGAACGGCUAAGAACCAGGCUAGCAAGAAGCAAAGGUGACACUGCCAAUGUAUGUGACAGAAGAUCAAAAAAUGCUCUAAAGAGUAUGCGAAAAAUUGAGAUCGGAUGGAUGCAUUUUCGAGAAGGGAAGUUUACUCAGGUCCGAUCAAAAAAAGGUGGGGGUACAAAGAAAGUUACCGUAUCAAAGGAAUGUAGGAAAAAAGAUCUCCUUGAAAAGGCUGCUGAGUUGUUUUUUCCAGAUGUGAAAUGCUUCUUCAGAGAUUUUGUGGUCGACUUAACAGACUUUCAAGGGCAAACAAUAGAUGACCAGAUUACAGUUGGAGAACUUUAUGAGCUGACCAAAUUAACAAUGUUGCGUUUAUACUUGACAACCAAGGAGAAAGUCAUCCUUAGUGACACACAGUUCAACUUCAAGAGCGAAACAAUUACGCAAGGAAGGGAAAUCGUGCAAGAUUCCUGGUCCUCCACACAUACCAUCCAGUCCCCUCUGUUGACUGAGAAAGUAGAGCCAGACCUAAAUUAUGUAGGGAGUCGCAGUUUAAUUGCAACAGGCAGUGACGUUUUAUUGUCAGACUCCGUAACUAGCAUGACUGACGCAUCAAGUGCGAUUGAGAUGGAAGCAGCCAAUCAGCCAAAGGUGGACAAUUUAGAGGAUAAUGGCACUGUAACAAUCUCCACAGGACUCAUCUCUGGGCUGGAAGACACCUUACCUCUUUUAGGGGAACCGUAUUCUUUACCUUCUCCAAUUGAUAACUCACUGGAGCCCUUUGUUCAGAGUGAAAAGGAGAAGAAAAUUCUUGUUGUUCAUCGCGGUCAGGCACUUCGACAGCUUAUUGCACAUUUUUGUGACGAAAGUGUCUUGACGGAUGGCAUAUCUAUGAAAGUCAUUCUUCCCGAUGGACGGCUGGAAAAUGCUGUUGAUGAAGGGGGAGUUUUGAGGGAUGUGCUUUCAGAGUUUUGGCAUGAUUUUUUUGAGCAAUGCACUUUGGGAAAUAGCUUUAAGGUCCCUUAUCUACGACAUGACUUUGGUCACCAACAGUGGCAAAGCAUUGGCCGAAUCAUUGCAUUCGGUUGGCAAAAAGAGAAGUACCUGCCUGUAAAAAUAGCACCUGUAAUGCUGGAACAGGCAGCCCAUGGAUGUCUCACAACUAGUCUUGUGGACUGCUUUCUCAGAUAUGUUACAGAAUCUGACAGAAUGAUCCUAGAAUCAUGCCGUUCAGAUUUUGAAAAUGUGGACAAGGAAGAGCUGUUUGAGGUCCUGGAUCAUCAUAACUGUCGAAGAGUCCCAACAGCAGAUAAUAUCGAGCAGCUCUUGGAGGAGAUGGCACAUCAGAAGCUGAUUCAAGAACCUGCGUUUGUGAUAGAGCAGUGGCAUUAUGUGCUUGCACCUAUGCGGAUUGAGCUCCAGGACAUCGCAGCUGCCUAUGAUGAACUACAACCCACAUCAAGAAAGGUCAUGAAAUCAAUAGCCUACCCUGCUAUGAUGAAUGUACAACAAAAACAUACCGGCAGGUAUCUAAGUACUUUUCUCAGAGAAGCAGAUGAACAACACCUGUCCCUCUUCCUUCGGUUUUGCACGGGGUCAGAUUUGUUCCUGGGAAAGAACAUCACUGUUAGCUUCACACAGUUGGAAGGCUUUCAGAGACGACCCACUGCGCACACGUGUGGCUGUUACCUGGAGCUGCCUGUGAAUUAUGAUAACUACCCAGAGUUUCGCCAUGAAAUGAACAAAGUGUUGGAGAGCAACAUAUGGGUCAUGGAUAUAGUCUAGUACACUUAUGGCUCGUUUCCACCGAGCGGUACGAUUCAGUUCAGUACAGUAGGAUUUGUGACGGUAAACCCUGAUCGGGCUUGCGUUUCCAUCGCCAACAGUACCCUUACUUGAUAGGUGUGAUGUAUGCCGGAAAGUAGCGAUCGACAUCAUUCUCACGUGAAGAAGAAAGUGGCGGUAAACAACAAUGGAGGACAAAAAGCAGCUUUGAGCAAAGGCUGAAUGCUGCAAGUAAAAAAAACAUUUCACAACUUCUGACAAUGGAAAUGGCAAAAAUUACGCACUGUACUGAACCGUACCGCUCGGCUUCUGAGGCACAAGGUUUGAAAGGGCCAGUUACAACUUUACAACAAGUUUCUACAAUAAUUUGUGUCAUGUAUGUUGAUAAAGUUUUUUAUUUUUAUGCACUUUAUUAUACAACAUUUUUUGUUUGUUUUUCUAGUAUUCUCAUCAUCACUGUUCUGUCGUGACCAAUGUUGGGGCCAAUUUACAAGUAUUUCAAGUCAGGUCAUUACAAGUAACUUGAGUUAUGUAAUCAGAUUACUUUUUCAAGUAACUAGUAAAGUUACUUUUUCCACAUUUGACUGACAGCUCUCCUGUACUCAUGUUGAGAGAAAUAAAGUGCAGGACGUUGUGUGCGCUGUGUAAAUAUUAUGGUUAUUGUAGUUCUAGACUAAAUGUGAACAUGUUUUUACUCAUCUCACUUGCACAAAAACAUUCAGUAUUCCUCAAAAUGAAUAAAAACAGUGAAACGCAAUCUCAGAAUUUUACACAAAUAUAAUUUGUAUUUAAUCUCACUUUAUUAACCAAUGUCUUUGCUGCUGACCUUCAAUUAUCAAAUUCAACCACACUAAUAAGCAAAAAUUACUUUAUAUUAGAUUCAGAAAAAAGAGUGUUGAACUUCUCCUUAAUCAUGUUCUUCUUUAAUCCAGAAUGGCAGCACAGCUGAAAGGUUUGUUUGAACUGCGCCCUCUACUGUACAGGUGUAAAUAUGCAUUUCCUUCAGCCUGAGUUUUAUUCAUUUCACUUUUGGUGUGAAAGGGCCUUUUUUUGUUUUUUAAUUUUGGAAUGUGUUAUUUUGGGACAAUUAAAUCAUUCCCUGGUUAAAACAUAA